AGAGAGAGGGAGACAGAGGGAGAGAGAGAGAGAGGCUCACACAUUGAGUGAGUGGGGAGACAGACUGAGAGUACGCCAGACUGAGCAGACGAGGCAUAUUUCGGGCGCACAUUAGGAGUGCGUAAAACCGCAGGAGCGCAUAGAAACAUAGUACCCAGUGAUUGUGCGUUGGAUAAUACAAGUUUGAGUCUAGGAGUUGUCGAGUUUAAUUGUGUCUGCGUACAGGAACAGCCCCUAUGAUUUCAGGAGCCUUCCGUUUUCUGAAUGGACACACUGGGAACCUUCUCCAGUGACAUGGAAAUGCGCGUUAUUGAGCGUGUAGCCGGAUGCUGAGGACGCCCGAUCGGAUAAGUCGAUUUCAACGUUCAUUCUGAGUUCUGAACUGUGUUUUCUAGCCGGUGAAAACAUGGAGGCCACGAGCUUUCAGCCCCAUCCCGGACUUCAACAAACUCUGAAGCAGUUUCAUCUGAGUUCCAUGCGCUCCCUCGGUGGACCGGCCGCGUUCUCCGCCCGGUGGCACCAGGAUCCACUUUUCGGUAAAGAUGGAAAAUCUGCAGAGAUGAUGCUCAGCUUGCCGGCCCAGACACCUCCAGUAAUGUCCGGACCACUUUUUAUCCCGUCCGACCGCUCCACGGAGAGGUGCGAGACGGUCCUGGAGCGGGAGCCCAUCUCCUGCUUCGUCGUCGGCGGUGAGAAGCGGCUGUGUCUGCCGCAGAUCCUCAACAGCGUCCUGAGAGAUUUCUCCCUCCAGCAGAUCAACUCGGUGUGCGAUGACCUGCACAUCUACUGCUCCAGGUGCACGGCGGACCAGCUGGAGAUCCUCAAAGUGGUGGGUAUCCUGCCCUUCUCGGCUCCGUCCUGCGGACUGAUCACUCAGACGGAUGCUGAGCGCCUCUGUAACGCGCUCAUCUAUGGCGGUUCCUACCCUCCUCACUGCAACAAGGAGUUAGGCUCCCUGGAGUUGGAACGAACCGAGAAGAGCUUUAAAGUGUAUCAUGAAUGUUUCGGCCGCUGUAAAGGCUUGUUUGUCCCGGAACUGUACACCGGCCCGAGCUCUGCCUGCAUCCAGUGCAUGGACUGCAGACUCAUGUUCCCUCCGCACAAGUUUGUGGUUCACAGUCACAAGAGACUCGAGAACCGGACAGUCCACUGGGGGUUCGACUCUGCCAACUGGAGGGCCUAUGUGCUCUUAGACCCGGACUACACCGGGAAGGAGGAGAAGAGUCACCUGGAACAGCUGCUCAAAGAGUUAAAAGGAAAAUAUGAUCUGACUGGCAAGCUGUCCAAUAAAUCGUGCAGAUCUCCCAGCCCCGUCCCAGCCAAGAGGUCCAAAUUUGACAAAUUACAAUCUCCAUCAGCCGAAAAAGAGAGAAAACCUGAGUGGUUACAAUCGCUGUCAAAGUCUGCACACAAGGAUCUGAAACAGGUCCAACUGAAACAGAGACCCUCAGCUUUUCGCCCGUGGUCUCCUAAAGCAGCAGAAAAAGAGAAACCAGCUUCCCAGAAUGAGGCAAGAGAGGAGAGGUCCUACUCAAAGAAUCAGGAGAAUUUGGCAGCUCCCAAUAUGGCUCUAGCUCCCCUGGCCCCUCUAGUCCAUCCCAGGGACAGCCACGCUCCAGGCAGGGGGCCUAUAGCCAUUUCCAAUCCACCACAGGAGCUGCAUAAUGGAGACGCAAAACCUGCAGCAAAACCAGCCCCCUGCGGUACCGCCAACAGAGCCGACGACAUAGACACAGACGGAGAGAUUGAUGUGGAUGACUGCGAUGAUCGUCCGGCGCCGUCCUCUUCCCUGCCGUCGCCUCCGUCCGCCUGCACCAAUGUGUCUCAGACUCUGACUCCUCAGAGUGUUGUUCGGUCUCGCGAAGGGCCCGUCUGGCUGUCAGGAGGCCUCUGCCCGGAGAUGGACACCCUGAGACAAAUGCUGUACAGUGGCGUGGACACUAAAGAAGCCCGUGAAAAACUCCUGCAAGAGAUUGUCAGAAUGAGAGUGAAACAGGAGGAGAAACUGGCAGCUGCAGUGCAAGCUAAACGCAGCCUUCAGCAGGAAUUGGAAUUUGUGAGGGUGGCUAAGAAAGGGCGUCUUCGUGAGGCCAUUGAAGCCAAACGCAACCUGCGUAAGGAGAUCGAACGCCUUCAUGUGGACUGGGAGCGGAAGAUGAGGGAUGCGGAGGAGUCCUGUGGGCAGCUGAAGAGAGAGCUGGAGAGGGAGAGACAGAUGCGAGUUUGCGACAAAGGCUGUGAGGCUGAACGUCUCAGGGUCAAGUAUUCUACUCAGAUUGAAGAGUUGCACAUGCAGCUGCAGCAAGCCGAAGCCGAUCGCGAGGAGCUGAGGCAGGAGCUGCAGCGCGAGAGAGAAGCCCGUCAAAGUCUGGAAAGUGUUGUGAAAGACCUGCAAACCCAGCUGGCCCUGCAGGCCGACAACAGCUUUUCUGGAGACUCCAAGGAUGCAAACACAAAUGCACGCACACAAACCACACAACACACCAACGGAUCCUAAAGUUGCACAUUCAGAACUGGAUAAAAGACUAAGACAAAAGGAGCAUGAUGAUUAAGGACUUUGUUGCACCUCCUCUUAGGGACAAAAGACGCUCAAGCAAAAUGCAAAGUCAGUUUAGUAGAGGAAAAAUCUGUCAUUUAUAAUAUAAAAUGAUACAAAUCAAUAUUAUUAUGACAUUAUAUGAAUUUUAUAAGAUGAACUGGAAAGUUGCAUGAUGUCUGAGCAUGUAGAGCGUGAAAUUACAAAAGACUUUUUCAGUGAUGAACACAUCUCUCAAGUACGUCAGAGCCCUCUGUUAGACACCUGACGCUGUCCAAGGAUUUUUAUUUUGGUAUAAGCUAUUCUAAGAUGUGCAAAUAUAGCCACAUAACACUACUUGAAUAUGAAGGCAAGAAACAUGUUGCGCUCGGUGAAACAUGAAACAUGAGUAGAUGAUGAAACUCUUGGUGCCACAAAAUACUGGUACACUUAAAGGUGUCAUUGCAGACCACUGGAAACAAGAGACACCAGUUUACCACUAUUUACUUUUAAUAUCAGCUUGCUUUUUAUAACUGUAGAGGAUGUACUUUUUAUGAGUUAUUGCUUGCGCAGCAUCAUUAUUCCACAGGCAAGAAAAAACAUCCAUAUACAAACAUGUACGCAUGUAUACCAGCUUGUCUACCUUUUGUAUUUUAUAAACCUGAAGUAUUGGAGGUUUGUGGGCUGCCUUCAGGUCCACCACUGUUUUACAUUUAGGUAUUUUAUGGAAGUGUUACUUUUUAAUAUUAUGACACAACUUAAAUUGUUGUUUUAACAUUGUUUUCCAGUAAUGUUUUUGCAACCAAACCAUGUGAUAAAUAGCAAAUAUUCUUGCCCACAGUAGUGAGUUGUGCAGAUAAGUCUACAGUUGCCCUCCUAAAAGAAAAAAAAAAAAUCGAUAGCUGUCUGUUUUUGUUGCAAUGCGGUACUUCUGAUUUUCUAUUGAGUAUUGUAAAAUAAUUUAUAUUCUAUAAUAAUUUGCUGCCUAUCAACAGAAAGCAUUCAUUUUUAGUCACUGGUUGUAGAGCUCUUAAAUCAACAAAUGCUGUUUAUAUGAACAACAUUUCUACAUAUAUACAAAAUAUGGAUAUAUUUUUUUACUUUAAGAAAAAGGAAUUGCACUUUUUAAAGAAAAGAACCUUGCAUUGUGCAUUGUACUCCCUGUUACAUUUUUCAAACCACAAUUUAACAUGAACUUUGAAUUUAGACACUUCCUCUGAUGUAAAUACAACAAUAUUGUAAAUAAGAUAUUUGUUGGUAUGUUUGCUUGCUCCAGACUUUAAUUGAUUAUGAAUAUUAUUUUUGCUUUUACUUGAAACCAAAAAAGAGAGUAUAUUUGGAUUUGCAAAACUGCAAUUUCAUUGUUUUCGCAAUAACAGGGCAUUUACCAGAGUGGAUGGACGUGUGGAUUCAAACAAGGAGGAUGGAAAUGGUUCUGAAGUUGACCAGAAUAAUUUUUGUCAUUUUGACAUCACCAACAUAAUAUUAUAAUUUUCCCUUGAUUUUGUUUAUUUGAGAAUAUCUUUAUUAUUUGCUGAAAUAUAGAGUAUAUAUUACACCACAGACCAAAAACAGAAAAAUGAAAUCUGUGCACCUCCAGCUCCCUCGUCAGCUCGAGUAGAAGUGACACUUCUAUGGUUUCAACUCUAGGUGCUGUCGUAUACUUUUAUGUCUUAUCAUUAUAAUACCCUUUUGCAGUAUUUGUUGGGUACAGUAUAAUAGCAAUAUCCAUUUAGUUAGAUGAUGCUGUUGUAGUUUUGGUUUGGAAGUGGGGUUUCACUUGCCUCUUGUUUCAAUGUUUUCUUUUUCCUUCAGAAAACUUGUAUACUACCCAUUAAAAUUUAAAUGAAUCCUA